GUAGCAAAUGCUGGUAACCCGUCGCAAGGUCAAGAUCAGUCGGUUAAUCCUGUCCAGUCAGCCGAGGGCCUUGUACGAUUCUGUCUUUCUACAUUUCUUCUUGCUCUCCUAUAUCGUGUUAGUUUACGUCUGCGACGCGCGUAAAAACUUGUGAAUUAACAUACAAUUAACUCGAUCAACAAAGGUGUAAAGCAGCUAUUUGCAAAUUUCUCAUCAAGCUCUGUUGCUUCCACAAAACAUUCGCAAUUCCUCAGCUCAGAUGUCAAUUUGUCUCGUUGUGUUGAAAUUUAUUUGCAAUACUCUUCACACGUUACGCGCUAUCUGAGACAGCUAUCUGUGACGCUGUUCUCUUGUGUUUUGCCGAAACAUAGUAGAUGCAUCUCAAAAGUUCUUUUAUAUAUAGACCCGUAUUUUGAUAUGCUUCAAGAUUCAUAGAUGUAUUUCUGAAACAAAUUACUCGCAUACGCGCUCCGAUAAACAGUGAAUUCUCUCAAAAUAUUGUUCGUUCUCUGUUAUGGAAACUUGCGUUCUGAUACCUAAAGAAUUCUCUUUGGUCCUCACCAACGAUCAGUCGUCCUACAAGAAUUUUUUUGACAAUGAUUCGAGUACGUUGGUCACAGAUGUGAGAAUUUCGGUUUGGUCGAAUGUAUUCAUCCCGUCGGGUACAUUGAUCUACCCGUUUCAAGGAUCGAUCAGAUUCGACAAGAUCGAUCUUUAUUCCCUCCUCGAUGACAACGAUAUCAGACGCGAAUACGGUUGUUACGACGAGGUCUUUUUUUCCAACUACAAUCUGAAUAAACGUCAGUGUAAUUGGAUUAGAUUCCUUCGCAUCGUUCAGUCGUACAACGAACAAGUCAAUUUGAUCGGUACAAAAGUAAAAGGCGAACCUAUAUUUGAAGUGAUAAAGAAUGUUCAACCAGACACUGAACUGGUGGCUUGGUUCCUGCCAGCGACACAGCAGGAUAUCGUUAUCAUCUCGCACGAUGUGUGUUCCAGAUCAGCUAUCUACAGGUGCACGAUCGACUCUAUCUUGGAUGAAUCUCCCUUGGAUUUAUCGAUGACGUUACUGGCUCAUCAUUCUCUCCCUUCGUUAUCUCACUCUUAUUACGAAGUAGACGAAUACGAAUCGACGUCUGAGGAAUCUUCUUCGUCGAUGUUGUCACUGGCCAGCGAUCACCUCGAUUGCAGUAUCCUGACGAUCAAGCGCGGAGAAAGGGUUUUAUUACCUUGCGAAGUCUGUGGCAAAUCCUUCGAUCGGCCGUCCCUUUUGAAACGACACAUGAGAACGCACACAGGGGAAAAACCGCAUGUAUGUAUGGUGUGCAACAAGGGUUUCUCAACUUCAAGCUCGUUGAACACGCAUAAGCGCAUUCACAGCGGCGAAAAACCUCAUCAAUGUCUUGUCUGCGGUAAGAAAUUCACAGCCUCAUCGAAUCUCUACUAUCAUCGGAUGACUCACAUCAAGGAAAAACCACACAAAUGUUCGCAAUGUUCGAAGUCAUUCCCAACACCGGGCGACUUAAAAAGCCACAUGUACGUGCAUAAUGGAUUGUGGCCGUUUAGAUGUCACAUUUGUAGCCGUGGUUUCAGCAAACCUACCAACUUGAAAAAUCACAUGCUGCUCCAUCUGAGCAGAUGUUCUAAUAAAAAAUAUAUCAAAUCUAGAUUUUAAUUCAAACCAAAUAUCGAUAGAGCUUAUAGAAGAUAGACGAGAAAACAGUUCGAUUAUUGUUAGAUACAUGUACUACCUAUGUAUGCGUGCUAUGUUUUGGACAUUUGAUUUGAAAGAAAAAGGUAACUAUAUAUAUAUAUAUGUAUGUGUAUAGAUACCAUUGUGUUUUAUGUUACAAUUUAGUUCAAAUUUUGUUGCGCGUGUACACACAAUUAUACUUUUAGUAUAAUUAUUAUUCGUGACAUAUCUUUGUGUACACGCGAAUGAUAUAUUAUUUUUAAAAUUCAUAUAAAUAUUAACAUUAUUAGAAUUCUUUAAAUAACAAUUUGCGUGCGAGCUUAUUAUAAAUUAUAAUUUAGAUAACGCUUCUUUGUGAUCGAAUCGAAGAACGAAUUUUGACAUUUGUCGUAAAGUAAAAACAAGUUAAAAAAAAAAAAAAACAAAACAUGACUGAGUGCCAUUUGUUUUUUGUAACAAGGCGCAUUGUGUUACUACAUAUAUAUACAUAUACAUAUUACACAAGUUCUGCUUUUUAUCUAAGAAAAAUGAUGAUUGCUCAAUUUUCCAAAGUAUUAUUUGUCUUUGUUUGACGAUAUAUAUAUAUAUAUAUUAUUAUUAUUAUUAAUAUUAUUAUUAUUUAAAGUUAAUUGAGUAAAACUCGAGAGAAAACAACAGCACCGUAUACACACGUAAAAGUUCUUCGUAAAAUGAAGAGCGUCAGUUGCCAUUUUUUCUUCUUAAUAAUAAGAUGUGUAUUUGUCAAGUAUCACGUGUUUUUCAGGAAUGUAUAAUAUGUGUGUGCGUGUGUGCGCAUGUGUGUAUGUAUGCACGCGCGCGUGCAGUAAGAUUGUCAUAGUAGUUUAACCUUUCCUCAUGGAAAGUGAGGCAACAAUUUCCAUUGUAUCGAUCUUAAUUUAGUAUUUAGGUACACAUCGGCGAUUUCUAAAAAAUAAAUAUCAGCUGUACACCUUU